AUGGCCAUCAAACAAGUGAACGGCGAGGCCACCACAUCUGGCGGUCUUCGUAUCUUAAUUGUCGGUGCUGGUAUUGGAGGCUUGACCGCUGCGAUUGCGCUGCGUCAGCAAGGGCAUCGCGUAGAGCUGUUUGAGCGGUCGCGUUUCGCAAACGAGAUUGGCGCUGCCAUUCACUUGUCUCCAAAUGCAAACAGCGUCCUCCUGAAACUAGGCGUUGAUGCCACCAAAUUUGGCGCUGUCGAGUGCGAAGCGUUGAGGGAAUAUACACCCGCGGGAGAAGUCUCCCAUAUUACUCCAGUCAAACAGCAUGGAGCGAUUUGGAGGAAUGCCUGGCUCCUCGUUCAUCGGGCCCAUUUUCACGAAGGUCUCAAGACAAUGGCUCAAGCACCGGGUAAAGGUGAACCCGCCGUGCUUCACACAGCCAGCAAAGUGGUGGACGUUGAUCCGCACAAUGCGACGGUGACGCUCGAAAAUGGCGAUAUCAUCAAGGGCGAUGUUUUGAUCGGCGCGGACGGUGUCCACUCAUUAACUCGUCAAAAGUUGAGCCCCGAUGUCAAGCCGUACAGCUCUGGCAAAAACGCUUUCCGCUUCCUCAUCUCUCGGCAGCAGGCCCUCGAUGACCCCGAGACUCGGAGUAUUGCCCUGGACGAUGGCGCCGUCGACAUGUGGGAUGGCGCUGAUCGACGCGUGGUCAUCUAUCCUUGCGCGAACAAUGAGAUACUGAACUUUGUCUGUAUUCAUCCUGAUUCUCUGACCACGAGUAACGACGGCGGCGACUCUUACAACCAAUUCAUUAGCAAGGAGACCCUUCUGGACGUGUACAAGGAGUUUAACCCACAAGUGCUCAAGUUGCUGGGCAAGGCCGACCCCGAAACCCUGCGGCUCUGGCCACUCCUUGAUAUGCCUACGCUUCCGACGUGGGUCAAGGACCGGAUGGCUGUGCUGGGAGAUGCCGUGCAUCCAUUCCUCCCAUAUCGUGCCUCGGGCGGCGCUAUGGCUAUCGAAGAUGCAGUUUCACUGUCUGUGAUGCUGCAAAGAGGUGUUACUGUUGAGGAAAUACCAGAGAGACUGAAGUUGUAUGAAAAGGCGCGCCAUGGACGUGCUACAACCGUGCAAGAAAUGACUCGCGAGUCUUUUGAUCAUUCCACGCAAGUUCUUCGCGAGCAGCAAUGGUCUCAAACCCCGAGCGCAUACUGGCGACAACCUAAGGUCUUCGGGCCGAUGCCCGGCCCAAGGCAAGACUUCCUGGGCCAAACCCGAGCUCUCAAGUCUCAGUCCUCUACUUUCCAAACAGCCUCGAUCAAGUUCAAGACGAGCCGUACUCUGCUCAAGAAUCUCCUUCCUUCGGAACGGUACAGCUUCAUUGGGCCCGGCAGCGUAGCCCGCGCCAGCUUCUCCAUCACCACAUUGAACAAGAUGGAUUGGCUGGCUGGAGGUGGCUACCGUCACAUUGGACUGUAUAUUCACGGUGUGCAAUACAAGAAAGAAAAUGGCCAGGUCGUCAAAGGCACCUACAUGCCAGUUCUAUUCGAGAACCUAGCGGACCCGAUCGUAUCCGGUCGGGAAGAGCUUGGUAUGCCCAAGCUGUACUCCGCCAUUGAUGUGUUUGAGCGUCACAGUUCUUAUCGCUCGCAGACCAGUUGGCAGGGCGCUGUCUGGGGCCACUUUGAGUUGGAAGACUUGGUGGACGAUGACCACUCUGCAGAGAAGGGAACCAUUGGUGGUGAAGACGACGAAGGCAUCCUGGUUCAUCGAUACAUUCCCAAGGUCGGUCAGGAUCAAAAGGGUGUUGCUGAAGCUGAGUAUCCAGUCUUUGUUCCGCACGCGCAAGAAGCCAAGGUUGUUCCAUCAACAGUGACUCGCGUUCGUCGCACGAAGAGUGCUAAAAUCGAGAUCCAUGCACUCGGCUGGGACGCCUUGCCAACGCUGAACCACGUUGUGACUCGCCUUGAGGAGAUUCCGAUUGACCAGAUCCUCGAGGCCAAGAUCACUGAGGGUACCGGUGUCCCUGAUGUGUCAAGUGCCUAUCGUCUUGAGUGA